UCUCAAGGAACAAGUCGCAUACUAAAUUCUUCUAAAGUCUUUAUACUUUGUUCUCAUUCUUUGAGUAAAUCUGGAACAUAUCAGUAUCAUCCAUCAAUAAGUCUCCCUAAGUCUAAAUUUAUCCAGAAUUGUAUAUUUCCAAGAAAUGAAUCCAAUCGGAAUAUUUUACCCGAAACGACACCCCAACAACACAAAUUUUUACCACACGGAAGAAAUUGGGGUCCACAAAGUGUGCAAACUUGGAGAUCAAAUCGUUAUUAAAAUGGACGUCGAAUUAUUCCAUCCGGACGAAAUAAAUGUGCGAACUUUAAACAACUCCGUCAUAAUUGAAGGCAAUCACGGAAUCGGGGAACACGACCAUUUAUUCCACCAAGUUACCCGCUCCUUCCAAAGGACGUUUCCACUCCCUCCGAACGCAGUUUUGGACCGCUUAACGUGCAACGUCGGACCGGACGGCUGGCUCACCGUGGUCGUACCACUUAUCCCAGGAGAUGAGGGUGAAUUGAAGGGGAGGUUGCACAAAGUGACGCAUCCGUUCGUCGAUGUGACCCCACACUUGCCAAGUUGGCAUGAAACCUUCCAGCUGAAGAUGGAAUGUCCUGGAGUGAAAAUUAGCAAGGAGCAGGUCGCGAUAUCCCUCGAAAUCCCUAAAUUCCUGCCGGACGAGGUACAAGUAAAGACCGUGGGUGACGAGUUGAUCAUCUCGGGAAGUCGGCACGAUGAUGACGAAAAUGUCGUCCAAGGUUUCGGAGGAACCGGGAGCUGUGGCAAGAUUGGAGUCAAGGCCAACUUCACGAGGAAAUAUCCGCUCCCACUGAAUUCUAAGAAGGACGCGAUUUACUGUCAAUUUAGUCAAAAUCUUGGCAGAGGCAGCCCGACGUUAAGAGUUAUAGUGCCCAGAGUCCCAUUAGUCGUGGGAGACGAGGAGAUAGAGCAUGUUAUAAAUAUUGUGUAAUAAAUUAUGCAUCCUCACGAUACAAGAGAAUAAACAGGAGUGCUGCUGAA